AUGGGACAAGAAAAUAGCAAAUCUAAUAAUACCUUAGAUCCUAAUGGAUUCUAGAAACCCAUGGAGAAAAAUAUUAAAGAUUAAAUAUUAUCGCUACCUUAAUACACCCUCGAAUAAGUAGCAUAGCAUAAUUAGCCUACAGAUGCCUGGAUUAUUAUUAAUGGUUUAGUUUUUGACAUAACCUAAUAUCAGCAUGCUCAUCCAGGUGGUUCAAAGAUUAUAUUUGCAAAAGCUGGUUAAGACGGGUCUGAUGAUUUUGAAGCCUUAAAGCAUUCAUAAAGAGCAAAAGAAAAACUUAAAACUCUUUGUGUAGGAAGAUUAGCUAAAUGA